AUCUUGUGAAGGUGUAGAAUUCAUCCCACAUAUUGCCAGAGGAUAUUUUAAGAAACAGGACCAGGACAAGAUUCAAACAUCUUUGGAGAAGGUAAAGAAUGAUUUGCAAACUCUGAAGUCCAAAACGCAAAACGAGUUAAAGGAGUUGAAUAAGCAACGUAGUGAUAUACUUGAUGAUAUUCAGGAUUUUAAGAAACGUAUCAUCAAAAGGGUUGAAGAGUUAGAGGAGAAGUCGGUUAAUGAAAUACAGAACAAGCAUAAAGAGCUAGUUGACGAUAUAAAUGCUUCUUGCAUAACAAUCGAUAAAAAGCUGAAAGAUGUUGAAAGUCAACUUGACAAACUCAAAUGUUCAAAAAGCGUCAAUGAAGCUCAGACAUUUGUAGACAUAAAACAUGGCGAAAAGAUGAUUUCAUAUGGAAAUGAUAGCGUCAAUAUGAUUACUGCCAGAGGGAUUGCAACGAUAGCAUUUGAGGUGAACAAAGCUAUUGAGAAUUACGUACACGUGACACAAUCACUAGGAAAACUGACAGUUAAGACCCCGACAGCGGCUACAGAGGUGGAAGUAGAAUAUAGCUAUGAAGCAGAGCAGUCAGAUGAGUUAACGUUAAAGGUUGGUGAUAUCAUCAAGAAUGUGACAAUAUGUGAAGGAGGUUGGUGGGAGGGAGAACUCGAUGGCAAGAGAGGAACGUUCCCUGAUAACUUUGUUAAGAUAAUCAACGCUGAAGACAAAAAUGGAAGGGAAGGUAAAAGGCAAGUAUGUCCAGGCUGCAACGAAAAGGAAACUUGGCAAACAAAAUACCUGUCAGAUGGACCACCAGUGCUUAGAAAGAAAAAGGUGGAAGUAGAAUAUAGCUAUGAAGCAGAGCAGUCAGAUGAGUUAACGUUAAAGGUUGGUGAUAUCAUCAAGAAUGUGACAAUAUGUGAAGGAGGUUGGUGGGAGGGAGAACUCGAUGGCAAGAGAGGAACGUUCCCUGAUAACUUUGUUAAGAUAAUCAACGCUGAAGACAAAAAUGGAAGGGAAGGUAAAAGGCAAGUAUGUCCAGGCUGCAACGAAAAGGAAACUUGGCAAACAAAAUACCUGUCAGAUGGACCACCAGUGCUUAGAAAGAAAAAAACAAGUUUAAUUGAGAAAGCAAUAGUUGUUUUCUCUUAUGAGGCUGAGCAUGAGGAUGAACUUACUCUGAAAGUUGGAGACAUAGUUUAUAUUCUUGAUAAGAAGCUAGAAGAUGCCGGAUGGUGUAAAGGGGAGCUGAAUGGCAAGAUAGGCGUUUUUCCAGAGAAUUUUGUAAAAAUUUCGUAAAAGAAGAGAAUUUAACUAUGUUAUACUUCAUAUUUCUAAUUUUAUGAUUAGUCAAAAACAUGUUUAUUUGGCGGAUUUUUUAUUCUUAUUUGAGACGCUUACAAUUGUGAAGAUCCUCUUUUUAUCCUGUAUUUGUAUAAAAAUGUGUCACACCAAAUAUGCCAACUUGUAUUAAUCAUAUUAUAAUUUCUUUUUUAUAUGUCCGUUUUGAAAUCCAGGACUUGUUGUGGAAAGCCAAUAUCAGUCCGUCUGUCAACAUGCUCAAGUAUUAGGGCUAUAGCUUUCAAAAUGGAUAAAUUAGCACUAAUUGACAAGGAUCCCUAUUUUAUUUUUGGUCAGUAGACAAAGAUCAAGCUCAAAAUGAUCCAAAGACCACUGAACUGGUCUCAAGACUAAUAAAAUGAAAACCAUCUGACUUUAAGUAAUAUGUUUCUGUACUGAUAUUGGACAAUUUUGGCUCAGUGACGCAAAGGUCGAAGGUCACAGGGACUUGAUUAAAUUUUAAGUAUUUUAUUUCGUUUCUGGACACUCGGUCACAAUAGCUAAAGCUUUAAAACUUAACCGGAUGACUAAGAAUAACUUGAAAAGAACACGGAAGAAUAUCCAACAGGGAAAGCCACGUUCAAAAAACGCAGCCUCCCCAAAGACACACAAGAACAACUCUCGCACACCAUACACAAAAAUGAACGCAAAAGGACGAAACAAACAAAUACAGGAACACAGUGGGGCACCGCCUUGGAACGGUCAGUGGCAAAACCACCACUGGGGAGUUUAAACCGGUUUAUGGUGCACCUAACCUCACUCUUACCCCCACCAUGUUCCAACGUCACAAGACAGUGUAAAUAAAAAUAAUCCCCGCCAGGUGAAACCCUAACAUACGUAAAGGCAACAGAAGGUAUGUAAUGUAAAACACAAAGAUGCACUUGUAGAUAUAAUAUAAAAAUGCAAUCCUUAAGAACCUAAAACGCAUGUACUCAAUGCCUUUGCAGAAGACAGAGCAACAAGGGAAACACCCUUAAGGGCCCGACGGAACAGGCCAGAAGACAGAAAUCAAAAUAGCUCAGUCCUGGUGGGAUUUAAGAACUACCAAUCAUAGAGUCCUCCACCUGAUCCGUCAGACACAAUCAAAGAGAAAAGCGUAGCGUCCAACUGUAAAUGGGUUGAACACCAAACAUGCGGUGUGUCUCAAAACCUUGGGUCAUAACCUCUUUUCAUAAAACGUUUAAUUACUUUACUAAAUACAAUUGGAAAAUUGCCAUGACCCAAAAUCUUACGAAGUUUGUAAACCACAUCCCCAUAAAAAGCGGGUUUUGAUAUACCUUCCCGCAGAAGUGAUUUUAAAUUGCUAUUGUAUUUUAAAACCAAAUCUGAAUUACGAUAGUAAAAUUUAGAAAAGUAUUUACGUAAUUUAUAAUAACGG